GAGACGGAGCGUUCCAGGCACUCCGCUCCCGCAGCGUAUUCAGCAACCUGCUGCGCCUCGACGUGACCUACUUGCCCGGGAGGAAGAAUAUAAUUGGAGUUGAUCCCACGAAGAUGGAGAGUGAAACUGAGUUGAACCCAUCCAGUUUGUUCUACCCAAAUAAAUCAUUACACCUGAAGUGAGGGCGAGAGAGGCCACGAGUUACUGUAUGAAUUUCUACCACAAAAGAUAAGGAAUCAUGAGUGGUUGGAGGCGUUUAAAUGCAGAAUUGGAGGCAAAAACAGCUGAUCUGGUUCGACAAGCUGAGGAAGUAAUAAGAGAUCAGCAAGAAGACCAAUUGAGGCCUGUUUCAACACAAAUUAAAUCAUAUGAAAAGGAAGAGGAUUGCAAUUUAAAAGGUCUGUUGUCUGAAGGGAUAGUUCAUCUUCAUUCAGAAACUAAGCCAAAGACCAAAAAUGUUGAUGCAGUGAACAAGAUUCAAAACAGACUACACUCUACAAAUAAAGGAAGGAAAACAAAUUCAAGUAUAAAAUUGAAAUACUUUGAUGUACAGACUGCCAAUGAUGUUGCCAUUCCAGAGGGUUUCUCAGACUUUUCUCUUGCUAAAACAAUUAGUAAAAUUGAAGGGCAACUGGAGGAAGAAGGCUUACCUGAUUAUAUCGAUGAUGAUAUUUUUUGUGGUGUUAGUAAUGACAUUGGAAUAGAAGCACAGAACAGAUUUCUAAAGGCCAAACUCCAUGUUAUGCAGGAGGAAUUGGAUAAUGUUGUAUAUGAAUGCAAUAAGAAGGAAAAUGAAAUUCAGGAUUUAAAGUCUCAAAUAAAAAACUUGGAAGAAGAUUGUAUGAGACAGCAGCGAACAAUUAAUUUGCAACAGUCUCAAACAGAAAAAUAUAAAACUCUUUUUGAGGAGCUAAAUAAAAAAUGUGAUGGAUUACAGCAACAGCUGUCUUCAGUAGAAAAGGAAUUAGAAAAUAAAAGAAGACUACAAAAACAGGCUGCUACUAAUCAAAGUGCUACAGAAGUUCGGUUGAAUAGAGCUCUAGAAGAGGCAGAAAAGUAUAAAUUGGAGUUAAGUAAAUCAAGGCAAAAUAACAAGGAUAUAGCCAAUGAAGACCACAAAAAAAUUGAAGCAUUAAAGUCUGAAAACAAGAAGCUAGAAAAACAAAAAGGAGAAUUAAUGAUAGGGUUCAAGAAGCAGUUAAAAUUAAUUGAUGUUUUAAAAAGGCAGAAGAUGCAUAUUGAAGCUGCCAAGAUGCUGUCUUUCACCGAAGAGGAAUUUAUGAAGGCACUUGAAUGGGGAAAUUGAUAAGUGGCCUACUUUAAUUAGUCUGUAUAACUGACUGUGUGCCCCAUAUACAUUUUAAAGUUUUAAUGAUUUAUUUUUACUCUUUAUAAAUAUUUGAUAAUGAAAUCAAAG